AUGGCUACCCGCAGCUGCUGCAGGGGUUUCCCUGUCUCUGUGCUGCUGCCUCGCGCUCCUUUUCUCCCCUCUGCUGCUGCAGCAGCAGCAGCAGCACCAGCAGCAGCAGCAGCAGCAGCAGCAGCAGCAGCAGCAGCAAGAUAUAAUGUAGGGUUUACUCCUCCUGCUGCCGCAGCAGCAGCAGCCUCUCCUUUCUCCAUAGGCGUGAAACGUACCUUGCUGCUGCUACCGCAGCAGCAGCAACUGCAGCAGCAGCAGCAGCAGCAGCAACUGCAGCAGCAGCAGCAACUGCAACAUGCAGCAGCAGCAGCAGCAGCAGCAACCCCAGCAGCAGCAGCAGCAGCAGCAGCAGCAGCAAGAUAUAAUCAGCAGCCCCGUUCUCCCUCUCUCUCUCCCUCCCUCCCCCCCCAGCAGCAGCAGCAGCAGCAGCAGCAGCAGCAGCAGCAGCAGCAGGAGGAGGGUUGUUUCGUGCAUGCAUGCCCUGGUGGGUUCGAAGCAGCAAGAAUGAAAGCGUUGCUGCUGCUGCAGCAGCUGCAGCAGCAGGGGAAGGUGCAGCAGGACUACAGCAGCAGCAGCAGCAGCAAACCCGAAAUAAACCGCAGCGGUGUUUCUGGGGUUUACUAUGAUGCUGAGGAAAGGCGGGUGCUGCUGGUGCCCUCUGUGCACCCGCACCUGCUACUGCAGCAGCAGCAGCAACUGCAGCAGCAACAGCAACAGCAACUGCAGCAGCAGCAGCAACUGCAGCAGCAGCAGCUACUGCAGCAGCAACAUCAACUGCAGCAGCAGCAGCACCUGCAUCAGCAGCAGCAGCAGCAGCAACUGCAGAAGCAGCAGCAGACGCAGCAACAGCAGCAGAUGCAGCAACAGCAGCAGGAGCUGCUGAAGCUGCAGCAACAGCAGCAGCUGCAGAAGCAGCAGCAGCAGCCGCUGCAGCAGCAGCAGCAACAGGUGAUGCGAGAGCGGGAUAAGCUGCAGAUGACGAAAGAAGAAAGAAGAGUGUUUAGAGACCCUGACGAAUUCAAAGGCAAACCCUAA